GGCUGCUUAUAAAGGAAAAGGCAAACUAGAAAACCCCAGAGAUAUUAUAACCUGUAUACAAAGUACAAUGAGGUGGAUUGCUGUCCUGCUGUGCUUAGCACUCUUACUUGAAGGCUGCUCAUUAAUAUCAGGAUUCCCUUGGGAGAGCCUUAUGGUUGGAAGAAAAUGCAGGUGUUUGAAACAGACCAAAAAAAGGCCAUCUUCCAUUUAUCGUAUUCAAGUCUUUCCUGAAAGCUAUAAAUGCAGAACACAGGAGGUGCUUGUCUUUCUAAAGAACAAACAAAUUGUCUGUGUAGACCCAGAAGCAAGAUGGAUUCAAGUACUGAUAUUUAAUUCACAAAAAGAGCGAGGGGAAAAAAAUUGAAUAUACAUAGAAUUGGAAGAUAUCCGGAGAAAAGGGGAUCUGACACAAUUGUUACUCAAGAUAUACUCCACCCUGUUGUACAAUGUUGUGACUUUAAACAUAUGCUAUAGAAAAUAACUUUUCUCCGUAUUCUUCACUAUACUGAUAAUUAUUUAUCCCAGCAAACUUUUGUUGCAUCUUAUUAAAAUGUUAUGCCAUUUACACAACAUUCCAAGCAAAUAAACUGCUACUUUAUCACAGAAAAACAUGUUUGCUAAGAAAUAGUGACUGCUGUCCUACAAUUAGUUUUUUUAUUAAUAGCAUUUAAUAUUUUUCCACUCUUUAAGAGCACUGUGGAGUUUUCCAAUUUACAGAGAUUUUUUUCAAACAGUUUUACGAUAUAUUUAUAGAGGUAUGGAAUCUAUUACAGGUAUGGGAUCGGUUAUCUGAAAACCUGUUAUCCAGAAAGCUCCUAAUUACAGAAAACCCAUUUUCCAUAGAUUCCAUUUUAAUCAAAUAAUUUAAGGUUUCCAAAAUGAUUUCCUUUCUCUCUGUAAAAUGAAAUCUUAUUUGUUUUAAUGGAAAAGAUCCAAAUUACAGAAAGACCCCUUAUCCAAAAUGCUUGGGACCUGAGGUUUUCCGGAUAACAGGUCCCAUACCUGUACCGAGAAAGCCUGGGAGACAGAUCUUUCUAUAAUUGGGAGCAUUAUUCCUUAAUGUUAAAAAAAACAGGAAUCAGCCACUCCGAUAUUUUUGCAUUUACUUGGACUGAUGUCCAAUAAGGUAAUAUCAAAGACAAGUUACUGUAUUAAUAAAGAUUAAAGAAAAAAUAAAAAAACGAUCAGAAUUACAGUGUAUUUCAUAUCUUUCUGGAUAAUGGGUUUUCAGAUCUAGCAACAAAUGUGCUUUUUUUUCUUGUUGCUGUAGAAGUUUCUCCAGCAAUGUCAUUACAUUUUUCUAAAUGUGAUGUUUUUAAACACUGUUAGAAUGUAUUGACAGUUCAUUUAUGUUCUGUUACUAAACCAGUCAUGAAUAGCCUGUAUUGUAAAAUCUGCUGGGACAGCUUAUUAUGUAUAAUCACUGCAGAAUUUCUCAGUACUAUAGGAGGGAUAACGAAUAAAACAUAUCCUUAUAAAUAGUACUUUGUGAUGUCAGUUGCCACAACUCACUAAAAGAUGUACUGGAAUAUUGCACUCUUACA